AUGAGCUUGCCAGACUACAGGUCCUCUGGGAAACAACCCGCUAAAGCGUUAACACUGCACACCCCUAUAGUUCAGCUUAACGUCGGCGGACACCUGUUCACUACAUCUUUGGGAACCCUGCGCAAAUUCUCCAACUCCAAACUGGCCGAUAUGUUCAAUGGGCCGCCCAAAUUGCGGACAGACGCAGAGGGACGUUAUUUUAUCGACCGAGACGGCACGCACUUUGGCCAAAUUCUUCAGUUCCUGCGUACGCAAAACAUUUCCACUGAACACGUCUUUGAGUUGCAUAAGGAGGCUGUGUAUUACGACAUCAAGCCUCUGAUCAAAGCCUUGGAGGAGACGCCACAGUUUUUCGGUGAGAUGGUGGGGCGGCGGCAGUUCCUGUCUCGUGUCCCGAACUACCACGAGAAUCUGGAGGUGAUCAUACGAGUGGCCCGGGCAGAAGCCGUGGCCGCGCGCCAUUCCAGCGUCAUCGUGUGUAUUUUGAAGGCAGAGGAAGACCUGAGUAAGUACAAUGAUGCCAUCGAUAGCCUGGACACUAAGAAGGAGUCCGUGGUGAGCUUUGGACCAUGGAAGGCUCCAACGAACGUGAAUGACCUGCUGGAUUGUAUUAAAAUGGACAUUGAAGCUAAAGGCUAUAAGGUUACCCUCCAGCCUCACAGCACAGAGAAGGGAUUUCUGUUCAAGAGUUAUAAUUUCUUUUACAAACUCACUUUCACCUGGUGGUGA